CGUUUAUGGAAAUAUGAGCCUGCUGAGGUGCUGCCCUAUAUAAGAGCGAGCUGCCUGAAAGCUGCAGACACAUGGACUGAGACACAGCCGUCUGCAGCACCAACUGGAGAUUUAACCAUGAGGUUCCACGCCCUGUCCCUUCUGCUCAUCCUCUGCUGUGUCUGUCUCGCAGCGACACAAGUGUCCUACGAUGACUGCUGUCUGAAGUAUGUCAGAAAACUGAGCCGCGGCACUCAAAAACACGCCAUAGCUUACAAGAUCCAGAAGGCAGAUGGAGGCUGCAACAUCUCUGCCCUCGUCUUCAUCAUGAAGAGGGGUCGGAUGAUCUGUGCCAACCCCAAUGAGACGUGGGCCGUGACGCUGAAGGAGAACCUUGAUGCCAAGAGCGCCAAACAGAUCCCCAGAGACUCCAGGAAGCUCCGCCCACUUUCAAGAAAAGGCUGAGGGUGAAGGUUUACUGCAGCCGCCGCUGUUCAUCCAUCAACCCUCACUAUCUGAUGAUUGAGCAACAGGCCGUUUGUUCUUGUUUUAUGGCGUCUUUCUGGAAGGCGGGUGGGGAGGCCGCUUUUGCUUUCACUCUGUAAUAAAAGAGGUCAGAAGCGGGUCCAGAGUCCAGCAGAACUUUGUUCCGGACUUUUGAAGCUCUCAUAACCACAUGGCUGCUUCCGUGUGUCACAACCAGGAUCCGAUGAGGACAGAGCUUUCUGAUGAUCAUCUGUUUGUUGAACUCUUGGUGAUCUGACCUCUUCAGCUGUUCCUUCUGACAUGUGUGCCACAGAAAUGAAGAUGUUUUCUCUUCAUUUGUCUUUUUUUGUCCAGCUUAUCCCAUAUUUUUGUUAUUACGGUAUGAAAAUGUAACAAGAUCAAUAAAGUGUCUUUUUACAUUA